GAGUUAAAUAUUCCCAAAGAAGAAAGAAGAAGAAUAAAAGACAAGGCUUGAACGUCCGGUGAAAGAAAGAAUUCAGCUUUCCGCACUAACCACUUCUGAAUCCUAACCAACAAGCUUCUCCAUUUCGUUUUUCGCGUCUCGAUUCCAAAUUCCACUUAAGACGGCGGAUUUUCUCACCGGGAAAUUGGUUUUAGAUGGAUAGGACUGAGGAAAUCGAAGAAUCCCCCGCCGGACCUUCUUCCGGAUCCGCGAAAUUGAAGCUCGGAAACAGAGCAGAUCCUUUCCUUGUUGUUUGUAGAUGCUUCAGCCUCGUUACCUCUCUCAUCGCCAUUCUCUGUGUUGUCGUUAACGUUCUCGCUGCCGUUCGCUCCUUCCGUGACAGCCACGAUCUCUUCGAUGGAAUAUUCCGGUGUUAUGCUGUGGUGAUUGCUUGUUUUGUUGUUCUCGUUGAGACUGAAUGGGGUUUCAUUCUCAAAUUUUCCAAGGUUCUUGAAUACUGGGCUGGUAGAGGAAUGCUUCAAAUUUUUGUUGCUGUGAUGACAAGAGCUUUCCCUGACUAUAUGACUCAAAAGAAGGAUCUCCUGCUUCUACAGAACAUCGCAAGCUACUUGCUUCUUGCUUGUGGUGUUAUCUAUGUCAUUUCUGUACGCUAUCACCAUUCAUCCUAUUAUAUCACAUCUGCUUAUUCCCUCUCUGCUCUCGCUUAUUGUUGAAUCUUUUCGUAUUAGUUUGUGCCUUGUGGUUGCAUCUUGCUUAUAAGAAUGCAUUUCACUUGAAAACGAUUCUUGGUUUGUUGUAAGAACUCAUGUUGACACUUUGUCCCCAGACCUUUAGGAUCACUUGGAUAACUCCCAACUCUGAACAAUAGAUGCUUGAUGUGGUGGUUAGCGAAUCUGUAGGGCUAUUUCUAACUUGAAAAAUGAGCUUCUUGGGCAAUCACUUCCUUUGUUUUUCAAUAUCUGAGUUCCCGUUUAUGUUUUCACUGUCAAUCUUUGAUCGUUGUCUGAACUUCAGGGAGUUCUCUGCAUCGGCUUUCUGAAGCGUGCUCGACAGCAAAAGGAAGUUUCAAGAGAACAAGCAGUCAAGGAUCUUGAGGAGAUAGCCCGACGCAAGGAAGAGUUGGAACAAUUGCUCCUGGAGCAUCAGAGUAGAGACGAAGACGUGUGAAUGUGAAUGGACGACGACAUCAGUUUCUUUUUGUAUUAAAGCAUUGUGUGAGCUCUCGGUUUUCAUCCUCCCACUUGGAUAAUAACAGCAGAUUCUUUUGUUUUUUGUCUGUUGAAAAACAAAGCUUUGAUACUGGUCGUAUAAGAGACGAGCACUAUUGAAUAUAAAAUUUGACAUGAUAUUCAUUAUGGGCAAAGAGAUUAGAA